GUAAUGACAACAAUCCGUUUCCGGGGUGGAGCCAGGGAGGGCGGGAGUUUAGGCUGCGCCGACCCCUCAGCCCCCCUCCAGGAGACGUUCGGAGCCCGGGACAUGUCGGGAUUGAGGAGAUACGAAGUGGCGCUGGAGGCGGAGGAGGAGAUCUACUGGGGCUGCUUCUACUUUUUCCCCUGGCUGCGAAUGUGGCGCCGAGAUCGGAGCUCGGCGCAUCCCCGGCAACCGAAGCUGGAACCUCUUCGGGGCCUGAUGAGCUGUCUGUCGAGCGGCCUGGGCCCUGCUCCCCAGCGUUCAGGUCGUGGCCUCCUCUGCCGCACCCCUACCACCGCUGCCCAGCCAGGCGGUGCAUUAAAGAUUUAAAGCGAAGCCUACCCACCACACUGCCUUCCUGACUCCGCUGCCGCGGCCUCCACUCGAGCUGGGAACCCCUCUCCGUAUCCGCUGUUUUCUUACCCCCUUGGCUUCUUUCCCUUUUAGUCAAGGCCCCAAUUAAGACUAAGGGCUCCACAUCAGUGUCAGGCUUCUUGUUACUGUGAGUGACUGCUUCUCCGUGACAUCCCCU